CGCACGCACACACACACACACACACACACACACACACACACACACACACACACACACACACACACUCACUCACACACACACACACACACACACACACACACACACACACACACACACACACACACACACACACACACACACACACACACACACUCACUCACACAGUAAGUCUGAUGGAGCUGCCAGUCUGUGGGAGUCCUGCAAAGCCUUGAGAGGAGGAAGGAGCCACGCUGCGGGUCUGAACCGACGCUGUGCAAUUCUUCCCCCGGCGGAUGAUGGCGAGCCUACCCGCGGCUUGGAGGCUCCUUCGCGCACCGUAGAGCCACCAGCGGAGGACGCAGCGUGCCGAACCGGAGGAAUGCGCCGCCGCACCGACGCGGUCCGGUGAAGUUACCGUCAUUAGGGAGGUCAGCUCGGAUGGUGACGGGGCGCUUCUCCGCCGCAAAGUUUACGCGCUGCAUCCGCAAUUAGAAACGAAAAUCAAGGUCUCCGGUUGAGUGAAUGACGGCAGCGCUUAACAGGUCCUUCACGCUGAGUUAGCCUUCAUCUGAGGAACGUGAGGAGGAACACCGACUGUAAAGCAGCUUAAAGAGACACUUUACCGUUAAAGCGUUUUUGGAUGAAUUUAUUUCCCUUCUCCUUGGGGAUGUGAGCGCAUCAGCUGGGAUCCACAGAGGACAGCAGGCGCGCUGACUGGAGGGAAACCGGACUACCGGGACAUCCAGUUCAAAUGAAGAGAAACACGUGAAGACCCUUGUGAAGGUUUAUCCUGGAAGUUAGCCUUCACUGAGAAAGAGUCAAAGGUCACUGCCUCUAAUCCUCUCAUCCAUUUCCUCUGCUUACUCGGCAGUUUUCUUAGAAGCUUGUUAAAAAUGGAAGACCUGCAGGUCAAAGGGAGAACUUUAUCACCUCAGUCCAAGUCAGGAGGAAUAGCUGCUCUUUUAGGCUUCUGGCUUUUAGUAAUUCCUGCCAUCACCGAUGGGCAGACCUUCACUAGUUUUCACCCUGAACGACGAGACUGGGCUUUUAACCACUUGACAGUUCACCAAACCACAGGCUCGUUGUACAUUGGAGCGGUCAACCGUAUCUACAAGCUCUCAGGCAAUCUUACCCUCCUUGUUUCUCAUGACACAGGUCCAGAGAAUGACAAUAAGGCCUGCUACCCCCCUCUGAUUGUUCAGCCCUGUUCUGAACCACUUGUCUCCACCAACAAUGUAAACAAGCUUCUCCUUAUUGAUUAUUCCCAAAAUCGGCUUCUGGCCUGCGGCAGCCUCUACCAGGGUGUGUGUAAGCUCCUCAGACUGGAUGACCUUUUCAUUUUGGUGGAGCCCUCCCACAAGAAGGAGCACUACCUCUCCAGCGUUAACCAGACAGGGACCAUGUAUGGGGUCAUUGUCCCGUCACAGGGCCAAGAUGGCACCUUGUUCAUUGGCACAGCAGUAGACGGCAAGCAGGAUUACUUUCCCACGAUCUCCAGUCGGAAACUCCCACGUGAUCCAGAAUCAUCUGCCAUGCUGGACUAUGAGUUGCACACCGAUUUUGUGUCCUCCCUCAUUAAAAUACCAUCAGACACUCUGGCACUCGUCUCCCACUUUGACAUCUACUAUGUCUACGGUUUUGCAAGCGGCAACUUUGUUUACUUCCUGACUGUCCAGCCGGAGACACCAGAGAACAGCAUGUCGUCGAGCGGAUCCGGCAGUGAUCUCUUCUACACGUCUCGCAUCGUUCGCCUCUGCAAAGACGACCGCAAGUUUCACUCCUACGUCUCCUUGCCUGUCGGUUGUGUGAAGAACGGCAUUGAGUACCGGCUACUGCAAGCUGCCUACCUCGGCAAACCGGGUCGCAUUCUCGCAGCCUCGCUCAACAUCAGUCCCCAAGACGAUGUUCUCUUCACCAUCUUCUCUAAAGGCCAAAAGCAGUUCCAUCGGCCACCGGAUGACUCAGCGCUCUGCGUCUUCACCAUUCGAGACGUCAAUGCACGAAUCAAGGAGCGCCUGCAGUCCUGUUACCAGGGGGAAGGAAACCUGGAGCUCAACUGGCUGCUUGGGAAGGAUGUGCAGUGCACAAAAGCGCCGGUGCCUAUUGACGAUCUCUUCUGCGGUCUGGACAUCAACCAGCCGUUGGGCGGUUCUCAGCUGGUGACCGGCCACACGCUCUACACCGAGACUCGAGAUCGCAUGACCUCGGUGACUUCCUACGUCUACAAUGGUUACUGCGUGGCUUUUGUGGGCACCAAGAGUGGACGUCUGAAGAAGAUUCGUGCCGACGGGCCUCCUCAUGGCGGCGUCCAGUACGAGACCGUAUCGGUCAUAAAAGACGGCAGCCCCAUCCUCAGAGACAUGGCCUUCUCUCUCGACCGCAACUUCCUCUACGUGAUGUCUGAGAGACAGGUGACACAGGUUCCCAUCGAGUCAUGUGAGCAGUACGGGACCUGUGGGGAAUGUCUGAGCUCCGGGGACCCGCACUGUGGCUGGUGUGUUCUACACAACAUAUGUUCUCGGAGGAAUCACUGUGAGCGGGCAGACGAGCCGUACCGCUUCGCCGCCUCUCUCGGCCAGUGUGUGACGGCCACCGUCUAUCCAGACAGCAUCGCUGUGUCAGAGCCGAGCGUUCCCCUGCUGGUGAAGGUGACUGAUGUUCCAGACCUUUCUGCUGGUAUAACCUGCUCCUUCGGUAACUUAACGGAGGUCGAGGGGCAAGUGAACGGCAACCAGAUACUCUGCGUGUCUCCUGCUGCUAAGGAUGUCCCCCUCAUACCCACUGACCAAGACUGGUCAGGCGUUGAGCUGAGGCUCAACUCUAAGGAGACCGGUCAGAUGCUCAUCAGCACUGAGAAGUUUUACAACUGCAGUGUCCACCAGCUGUGUCUUUCAUGUGUGAACAGUGCCUUCCGUUGCCAUUGGUGCAAAUACCGCAACUUGUGUACCCAUGACCCCUCCAGCUGCUCCUUCCAGGAGGGGCGAGUCAACACCUCUGAGGACUGUCCCCAGCUGGUGCCCUCGGAGGAGAUUCUGAUCCCAGCAGGGGAAGUGAAGCCAAUAACUCUAAAGGCCAAGAACCUGCCACAGCCCCAGUCUGGCCAGCGAGGUUAUGAAUGUGUCCUUCACAUCCAGGGCGUCAGCCAUCGAGUCACUGCCCUCCGCUUCAACAGCUCCAGCGUCCAGUGCCAGAACAGCUCAUAUCUGUACGAGGGAAUGAGGAUCAGUGAGCUGCCCGUGGAUUUCUCAGUGGUGUGGAACGGUAACUUCAUUAUUGAUAACCCAGAGAACAUACAAGUGCACCUGUACAAGUGCGCAGCCCAGCGGGACAGCUGUGGCAUGUGUCUGAAGGCAGACAGGAAGUUCCAGUGUGGCUGGUGCAGCGGAGAGGGGAGGUGUACCCUGCGGCACCACUGCCCUCUCAUCAACCCUUACACCACUCGCUGGCUGAACCUGUCCAGCAAGAGCGUGAAGUGUACCAACCCACGCAUUACUGAGGUGACUCCAGUGGCUGGACCCCCAGAGGGAGGAACCCGGGUCACCAUCUACGGCACAAACCUCGGUCUGACCUUCUCUGACAUGGUGGAUAAUGUUGAGGUGGCGGGUGUCAGAUGUGCGCCCGUAGAGGACGGCUACAUCAUCGCCGAACAAAUUGUGUGUGAGAUGGCUGAAGCUCCAGCAGAGAGCAGGCCCGGACCGGUCCAGCUGUGCGUCGGUGAAUGCAAACCGGAACUCAAGACUCGUUCCUCAGAGCUCUACUCCUUUGUGACUCCAACAGUCACGGGCCUGUCCCCCAGCAGAGGUCCGGAGUCUGGAGGCACUAAAGUCACCAUAAUGGGAGAAAACCUCGGUGCCGGCAGCAGUGUCAACGUUCAGUUUGGGAAUCAGACGUGCGAGUUCUUCGGGAGGACCAUGAAGGAGAUCCUGUGCUACUCCGCCCCAUCGCUGUCCGGGGUCGGCCCUGUUCAAAUCAGCGUCAGCGUGGAUCACGCCCAAAUCAGGGAGAGUCUGACCUUUGAGUACAUCGAGGACCCGACUGUUCUGCGGAUUGAACCCGACUGGAGCAUCGCAAGCGGUCACACUCCUCUGAUGGUGACGGGGACAAAUCUGGAUGUGGUGCAGGAGCCCAGAAUCCGGGUCAAGUACGCUGGCCGGGAGUCUGUUAACGUGUGUAAGGUGUUGAACACCACCAGUAUGAGCUGCUUUGCUCCCUCCCUCCUGGCGGAGUACCUUCCAGGCUUGGAUACAGUCAAACACGCUGACGAGUUUGGCUUCAUCUUCAACAACGUCCAGGCGCUGCUGGUCUACAACAACACCAACCUGCUGUACUAUCCGAACCCGUACUUUGAACCCCUGAGCACCACUGGAGUCCUGGAGCAAAAACCUGGCUCACCAAUUAUCCUCAAGGGCAGAAACCUGAUUCCCCUGGCGUCUGGAGGGGUGAAGCUUAACUACACGGUGCUGAUAGGAGAAACCCCCUGCUCUGUCACUGUGUCUGAGAGCCAGCUGCUGUGUGAGCCUCCUAACCUCACAGGACAGUACAAAGUCUUGGUUCAAGUGGGAGGCCUCCACAUGUCUCCAGGCGCGGUGCACAUCAUGUCUGACAGCCUGCUGACCCUUCCAGCCAUUGUUAGCAUCGCAGCAGGUGGAGGUCUCCUCCUCAUCAUCGUCAUCCUCGUCCUUAUCGCCUACAAGCGGAAGUCGCGAGAAAACGACCUCACCCUGAAGCGUUUGCAGAUGCAAAUGGACAACCUGGAGUCACGAGUUGCCCUGGAGUGCAAAGAAGCAUUUGCAGAGCUACAGACAGACAUCAAUGAGCUUACCAGUGACCUCGACAGAGCCGGUAUUCCCCAUCUGGACUACAGAACAUACGCCAUGAGAGUCCUCUUUCCCGGCAUAGAGGAUCAUCCUGUCCUCAGAGAACUGGAGGUUUCGGGCAAUGGCCAGCAGAACGUGGAGAAGGCCCUGAAACUGUUUGGUCAGCUCAUCAACAACAAAGUGUUCCUGCUCACAUUCAUACGGACACUGGAGAUGCAGCGUUCUUUCUCCAUGAGGGACCGCGGCAAUGUGGCCUCGCUCAUCAUGACAGCUCUGCAGGGGCGACUGGAGUAUGCCACCGAUGUCCUGAAACACCUGCUGUCAGACCUGAUAGACCGCAACCUGGAGAGCAAAAACCACCCCAAGCUACUCCUGCGCAGAACCGAGUCGGUUGCAGAGAAGAUGCUCACAAACUGGUUCGCUUUCCUCCUUCACAAAUUCCUCAAGGAGUGUGCCGGGGAGCCGCUGUUCAUGCUGUACUGCGCCAUCAAGCAGCAGAUGGAGAAGGGGCCCAUUGACGCCAUCACUGGAGAGGCCCGUUACUCCCUGAGUGAAGACAAGCUCAUCCGCCAGCAGAUCGAGUACAAAACCCUGAUUCUGAACUGUGUGAACCCGGACAACGAAAACAGCCCGGAGAUUCCAGUGAAGGUGCUGAACUGCGACACGAUUACCCAAGUGAAGGAGAAGAUACUUGAUGCCGUUUACAAGAACAUCCCUUACUCUCAGCGGCCACGAGCUGUCGACAUGGACCUAGAGUGGCGCCAGGGACGGCUGGCUCGCGUGGUGCUGCAGGAUGAAGACAUCACCACCAAGAUAGAAAACGACUGGAAGAGACUGAACACUCUCCUGCACUACCAGGUGUCGGACCGCAGUGUGGUGGCACUGGUGCCUAAGCAAACCUCAUCAUACAACAUCCCUCCAUCAGCCAGCAUAUCACGGGCCUCCAUCAGCCGAUACGACUCCUCUUUCCGCUACACCGGGAGUCCAGACAGCCUCCGCUCGCGUGCUCCCAUGAUUACACCGGACCUAGAGAGUGGUGUGAAGGUGUGGCACCUGGUGAAAAACCACGAGCACGGAGAUCAGAAGGAAGGAGAUCGAGGCAGCAAGAUGGUCUCUGAGAUUUAUCUGACCCGGCUGCUUGCUACUAAGGGUACGCUGCAGAAGUUUGUCGACGAUCUGUUUGAGACGUUGUUCAGCACAGUCCAUCGAGGGAGCGCGCUUCCUCUGGCUAUCAAGUACAUGUUUGACUUCCUGGACGAACAGGCAGAUAAACACGGCAUUUACGACACAGACGUGCGCCACACAUGGAAGAGCAACUGCCUUCCGCUGCGUUUCUGGGUGAACGUAAUCAAGAACCCACAGUUUGUGUUUGACAUUCAUAAGAGCAGCAUCACGGACGCCUGUCUCUCUGUGGUGGCUCAGACUUUUAUGGAUUCUUGCUCCACUUCAGAGCACCGACUGGGAAAAGACUCCCCGUCUAAUAAGCUGCUCUACGCUAAAGACAUUCCCAAUUACAAGAGCUGGGUAGAAAGGUACUACGCUGACAUCACCCGCAUGCCGGCCAUCAGUGACCAGGACAUGAAUGCUUAUUUGGCUGAACAGGCCAGGCUUCACUCCACGGAGUUCAACAUGCUCAGCGCUCUCAACGAGAUCUACUCCUAUGUCAGCAAGUACAGUGAGGAGAUCGUUUCGGCCCUGGAGCACGAGGAGCAGGCGAGAAAGCAGAGGUUGGCCUACAAAGUGGAGCAGCUGAUCUCGGCCAUGUCUCUGGAGAGCUGAGGGUGAGUCCUGCUAGAACGGAGACUGGACUCUGCAGGAACUCCCCCCCAAAAAGUCAUUACUUACCUCUCAUCGUGGGACCUUGAGCCACAAACUCGACCUGGGACCUCUGCAUCUACAGACGUAAAUUAAAACACUGAGCUGCUUUAGUUUGAUAUCCUGCCACCCAGCUUUUCGCGCUGGCACCCACGACAGGUUGGACAUCGAGGCUCUGCAGCCGGAAACGGGAGGGACGUCGACAAGGAAAGCGACAACGUGGCUUUUGUUUUGUUUUGCAUUGUUUUCAUUGAGUGUUGGUUUCUUUUUCUCAAGGGAUAUUUUUUGUAGAUUUGGCAGGAAAUUGCAUGAUGUGUGGGUGUUCACGUGUGUGGGUGUGCAUGAGUGCGCGUUAUAUUGAGGAAGACUCCCGCAAGACUGUGAAAGCAAACGGAGGAACAGGUUUAGCCUCUACAAAGGCACAACUCACUCCUGGGUGCGAAGCAGAGAAAACGAGGGAGGGGGACGAGUGAGCUCACGUCGGACGGCUGUGUGUGCAUUCUCAAUUCUCAGAUUUUAUUUUUGUACGCUGUAAAUGUGAGUAUUAUCAGUUGCAGUUAAAGAGGAAUUGAAAACAAUCCAGCGGGUGUCCCGGGUGACAUUGGACUGACGCUUCACUACAUGAAAAAUAACUGCUUCAUAUUUAAUCAGACGUGUACAGAAAACGUUGACCUCGUCUUUUAGAAGCCGAUGGAGCUCAUCUUGUUGGGGUCAAAGUUCAGCCAGCAUGCAUGCACCUAAACACGAGGAUGUUGACGGUGAUUUAGUUAGAGACAAAUCUGCAUCACUCUGGUGUCUUUAGCUGCCAGGUCCUCUGUGUAUGUACUGUUUUACAAUUACCAAUAAGUGUUUGUGAAUGUACUAUUUUUUUUGCUUUUUUGCUUGUUUAUGUGUCUGUUUGCAACAAAUUAGAGCUCAGUUGAGCUGAGCUUCGUCGAUAUUUGCUGCAGACCGUCCUGUGAAGAAGCCCUGAAUGCGUCCAACCUGUUUGGUAGUUUCAUUUUUGCUGGAGGAUCCUGUGACUCUGCAGCAUGGUGAGAAUGCCCCAAGCCCCCUGAAUUUUAUGCAUGCACGAUAUAACGCACCAGAACUAUAAAUGGGUCCGUUUUUAAAAAUAAAGUGCCAAUUAUUCAUGCCUAGGUUAGUUGGCCGGUGGAGAUUUGACUGUAUUCGAGGAAAGAUCUCAUCCAACCACCACUUAGCCCAGAUGAUGAGAACUCUGUGUGGGUCGAGUUUGACUAAGUGCCAAAAUAUUCUAGUGUUUCAAACUAACGUGUCAAAAUCGGUUUAUGCUUUACAGAGGACCUGUUUAGAGCUGGAAUGGUGUUUUCUGAAUGGUACGGAACAUGAUCAGAAGAAAGCCAGUUGCUAUCCGAAUGCAUCUCCUGACUGAAACCAAACAAGCCGAUUCAAGCUUCCAGAUGAAGCUGGACAGGAACAGAGAGCCGAUUUCAUUUUCUUCCAAUACAGUUUGCUUAUUGUUUCCAACAAGUACUUGAACAUAGGUAGUUUUAAAGGUUUUGUACAGUAAAUAGCAGUUGUGUGUGCUGAAAGCAUAGAAAAAUUGAGUGAAAGGUGCUUCUUUUCACCAUGGCCUUAGAUCCCCACCUGCUUUAUGCCCCUGAUCUUAUCGGAUCUGUGUCAGGGGCUUGGUCCUGUUGCGGGUUUUCAGCGAUACAUGGCCUCAGUGCUCAGCUGAGGAGUGUGAGAUGAAGUUAAAGGAAAGGUGAGGAGGGUACGGCCCAGCUGAGGCAGGCAUUGCCUCACGCGGCACUCCGCUGGCGUGAGCUUUUUGAAGAGAAGUGCUGAGAAAUGAGGCGGCGAUGGAGAGGUAGAACUAGAGAGAGCCUUUAGCUCUGGUUUCCCGCUCUGGCUUUGAAGCCGCUCUUUGAUCUGGGCCAGUUGUGCUCAGAGUGUGAUCAGGAGAAAACAUCAAAGUUUGAGGCAGGGAGAAAUGUUGGCUGAGGGGAGGGACUGGAGCGUUAUUACUGUGUCUGGCCAGCGGGGGCAGGACUCGUAGGGAGAGGAGUUGGAAAAGGUCUGGAAAAAGCACCUGCAGAUGGAAGCGCAGUGCCCACACACACACACAAACAAACACAAAUAAAGACCGUAGGUCGUGAUUCUGGCGUAAUGAAGCUCAUUUGGGCUUAAGGGUUCAAACUGGAGAAAAUGCGCUACACAUUUUAAUAUUCGACGCACGUUAAAUUUAAAUGCAAGAAAACAUAAUGUGAUUUGAAACUGACAGAUUUUUGCAGGCCGAAGUCAACAGUAGUUCACAAAUUCUGUUUAAUACGAUUUUCUCUUAAGCCAAAUUGAUUUUUUUAGUUCCUCUAAUUAUGAAAUAUGAGUUAGGAUGCAUCAGAAUCACGUCGUGUCAAUAUUUAUUUGUGUUUGAUUAUUUGUGAGCACAUUUGUGAAUACGGUUCACUUCACUGUCAUUUAUUUUCUUCUUAAUCUACUAAUAAACAGUCCAAUAGGUGCACACACACACACACACACACACACACAACCUAAAGCUUCUUCCUUUUGAAUUAAAGGUGUCUUCCCAGUUGCAGCGACUAGAAUUGUAUCCUCCUCAUACCUCACAUUGCUUGUUUGGAGUAAUGCUUUCUGUUUUAACGGGACCUUAAUGCCUUUUCCUUUCUCUGAGGAAUAAACUAGAUGUUUAACCGAGUCCUUCCAGCUGUCGUAUGAGCUCCCCUGUGUACAGGAGUGUGACAAACAGUCGGGCAACGCAGACUUGGUAAAAAAUGGCUUUGAUUUGCCUCUCAGAGAUCGUUUGCAUCAGGAUGUGUCUCGGGUGAGAUUUCUGCGUGCAUUUUAUCUCGUGCUUUUGUUCUGCCCGGCGUUUCAUAUCGACCCACGACAUCAUUUAGUCUGACGGUAAUUCUUCCACUAAAACGUCUUAAACCACAUUCAAAUGCACCUUCUUCUUUUGUGAAAGAGAUUUUUUAGGUUUUUUUUUUUUUUUUUUUUACUUGAUUGGGUUUCCAUGUUGUACACUCUUUUCCGGGGCCUGUUUGGUUUAAAUUGAAAAGAAAAAAGUUUUUUGUUUAAGUUACUUUUUUUUACACUUUCUGCAGUGCAGAAUCUCAUUUGACUGCCAGCUGUGUGAGAAGGAAGGAUGCUCGCGAACAAAACCUGAUUUCAGAUGAAACUUACUCCUAAGUGAAGCAGAUCUUUGCACCUUCUCACUUCCUGUGCUGUGGUUUUAACCGGCACGCGUCUCCUUUACAAGCAUCGAAGCAUUUCCUUAUCAAUUCCACUCGACUGCUUGCUUUACGUCAUGGAGGAACUGAACUGAUCAGUGCAUCACCAUUAAUAUUAAAUAUCCUUCCAUUUUAAACACAUUGUAAAGAAACCCUUUGUAAACACUGGAGUACUGUAAAAUAGUUAUUACUGGCAAUGACGACGACGAUAAUAAUGGCUGUCUGUUCUUGUUUUAUAUAAGUGUUGUGGAAAUUGUAAGAAAUUUAAAGUAUUUAAAAAGGUUGUUCUCUUGUUUUUUUUAUUAUAAUUUGGUUUGAUUUUUGUUAUUAUAAUAUAUUAUUGUGUACCUAUUGUAAAUAUGAAGCACACCUAUUUUGCAAGCCAAGGAUUCACUUUGUACUGUUGUUAUAUAUAAAUAAACUUUGCUGGUUAAAAAUUGCAUAGAACCAAAAUC